UCCACGUAUAAAAGAAGUAUUUAACUUUUUGAUUGCACAGAUUGCUGGCUGAGGUUGUCACAUGAAAUACCAUGACGUCUGUGAGGACUUUCGCGUUUUUUCUGAUGUUGUCGGUGCUGUUUGUUUACGCCACGACUGCUGUGUUGCCUAGCAACACGACUACGACGAAAAAAGCGUCACCCACGACGAAAACAACAACCACAAAAGUGCCAACAACGAAAAAAACAACUACCACCAAAGCGCCACAAACGACGAAAACAAAAGCCACCAAGCCACCACCAACGACUAAAACAACUACUACAAAAGCACCACCAACGACCAAAACAACUACCACCAAAGCUCCACGCACGCCCAAACCAACCACAACGAAGAGGCUCCCGACAAAGAAAACAGCGACGACGACAAAUAACCCUACCACAACACCAAAGCCAGCUAAUUGUGAGGACCUAGUUAACCCAGCCGAAGGACAUCCAUGCAUGCACUGCUGGUGUUAUGAGGGCGAGUACCAAUGUGCUGUACCUGGCUGUCUACGACCCAGGUGUGUUGACAGUGUGAGCGAUCCAAAAUACUGCUGUCCUGUUUGUCCUAACGGCGAUAACUGUGAAAUGAAUGGCAACAUCAUCCCUAGUGGCCAAACCGUUACUAUCAAAGACGUAGGUCAGUGUUAUUGUGUCGUGGACGAGUAUGAUGGCUUGCGCCCUGAGUGUGUUCCUGUGACCCCACCGAUGACGACACCAUAUAAUAUGUGUGAGGAAAAUGUGGACAACACUGACCCCUGUUACAAGUGCACGUGUGAGUACAACGAGAAACAAUGUUACCACAUGGACUGUUUCAUGGACCAAUGUGCUGACGGCUACACCGAGCCAGGAGAAUGUUGCCCGACAUGUCCCAACGGUAAAAACUGUGCUAUUGGAGGUACAAUCAUCCCCGUAGGGGCCAUCGUUUUUGUCGAGGGCUAUGGCGAGUGCUACUGUGAUAUGUAUCAAGACGAUUAUCGGAUAUACGCCAAAUGUAGUGCCCCCACCGGUUCUCCUUCGACCACACCCCAACCAGAUCCUGUUACCCAGCCCAGGACAGACCCGUCUACCCCGUCCUGGUCACCCCCCACUACCACAGCCUUGUCACCCCCCUCAACACCUGGAAACUGUGAGGGUUUGAACAACCCAGCUACGGGCGAUCCUUGCAUGCACUGCUACUGUACGAACGGGCGGUAUGAAUGUAUCACUGGGGAUUGUGGGACACCCAGGUGUUUUGACAGCGUCAAGAAGCCUGGUGACUGUUGCAGAACAUGUCCCAAUGGUGAGAACUGUGCUUUUGAAGGCUGGGUCAUUCCAUACGGUCAGACAGUGUAUGUUCCUCUCAAUGGUGACUGCAUCUGUGUAGAGGUCGACCGUUACACGAGAGAGCUAGGUGUGCAUUGUACCCCUGUGGAAAUGACCGCACCUCAAGUUGAACUAACGACACCUGGAUGUCCAGAUGGUUACAUAGAUAGCAGCAAUCCCUGCCGGAGGUGCGAAUGUAACAGCGGUCAGAUCCUAUGCUACACAUUACCCUGCCCUUUGGGACUGUGUGUCGACGGCUACACGGAGCCAGGGCAGUGCUGCCCUACGUGCCCUAAUGGUCGAAACUGUAUGGGCUAUGGUGUAAUACUCCCCUACGGUUCACCAACGUUGGUUGAAGGUAUCGGCUACUGCUACUGUGAGGAUGACCCUUAUACGUCUUGGAUGGGUAGGAUGGUGGUUAAGUGCUUGCCAUUACCCACAACAACACCAUGGGCGGACACGACUGAACCUACUGACCCCACCCCACAGGGUGAGACCAACAGCCGGCCUGCCAGGAGUAUCAGGGAGACUAUCAGAAAGCUCACAGCUAGACGUUGAUGUCAGAAUCUGCUAGCAGCUAAAGAAACAGACACUAACCUGGCAAUAUAACUUACCCACAAUAAUAAUAUUGUCUUGUUACACGCUUAAUCUUUGAAAUAAUAAUAAAUAAAGCGGAAGUGAUCUCA